GGUGAAGGGACACAGAGAAGAAGAUGGACUGGGGAAGCCUGCAGGCCGUUUUGGGAGGCGUAAACAAACACUCCACCAGCAUCGGGAAGAUAUGGCUCACAGUCCUCUUCAUCUUCCGGAUCAUGAUCCUGGUUGUGGCUGCAGAGAGAGUCUGGGGAGAUGAGCAGCAAGAUUUUGUCUGCAACACACUGCAGCCUGGGUGCAGAAACGUUUGCUAUGAUCACUUUUUCCCCAUCUCUCACAUCAGACUCUGGGCCCUGCAGCUGAUCUUUGUUUCCACACCGGCGCUGCUGGUGGCCAUGCACGUAGCGUAUACCAGGCAUGAGAAGAAGAGGCGAUUCAGAAAUGGUGAGAAAAUUGAUAUUGAAGAGCUGAAAAAUGAAAAGAUGCAUAUUCGGGGGCCCCUGUGGUGGACGUACACCAGCAGCAUCUUCUUCAGGAUCGUCUUUGAAGCAGUCUUCAUGUAUGUGUUCUAUUACAUGUACGAUGGGUACCAGAUGCCUCGCCUGGUGAAGUGCAGUGCAUGGCCCUGCCCCAACACAGUGGAUUGUUUUGUGUCUCGGCCCACUGAGAAAACUACAUUUACUAUUUUCAUGCUUGCUGUGUCUGGGAUCUGCAUGAUGUUGAAUCUGGCUGAGUUGUGUUACCUAGUUAUAAAAAUUUGCAUGAAAGAAUCCAGGAAAACAACAGCUUUAAAAUAAUUCCCCAGUUUCAGGAUUUCUUAGCUCCCCAUUUCCCUCAAACUUUCUUAGGUGUCAGAAAACAAUCGGCAACAUUUUCAUACUCAAGGAAAAGG